GCAGCAGUCACUGCCUUUAUUUUGAAGGCCUGGUGAGUGUGCAUGAACUGGUGAUCUUGUUUCCGGGUCACGAGGACUAUUUCCUUCGAAUGUCUUUCGCACAUCAGGAUGGUCCAACGUCCGGUGGGAGCGUAAUUGUACAAACGUGUUCAGAGUUGGCCUUUCUUUUCCGUCUUUGGCUCUUGGAUGUGUGGAAGAUGUCCAGCCUUCAGGAUCUCUCAGUGCUUCCCACUGACAUCCAGAAGCUGUCUAUGAGUAAGGACGAGCCUCCUGAGCAGCAGGAGUGGAGCUCCAGUCAAGAUCAAGAGGACAUCAAGCCCUCACACAUUAAAGAGGAACAGGAGGAACUGAGGAUCCAUCAGGAUGGAGAGCAGCCUCAAGGACAGGCGGAGGCUGAUGUCAAGUUCCCAUUCAGCCCUGUUUCUGAGAAAACUGAAGAGAAUGAAGAGAAACCCCAGUCGCUGCAGCUUCAUCAAGUAAAAACUGAAGAGAUGGAAACAGGAAAUAAUGGAGAGUACUGUGGGGAAUCAGAACAAGCCAGGAGCUCAGAUACAGAGAGACAUUUGCCACCAGAGACUGAGGGCAAGAUUGAAAAGUCUUCUGAACUUGAGGAUGAAGACAAUGAAAGAUGCACAACAGUGUACCAGUCAAGUUUAAGCUCAGUGGAAAGAAUGAAAGAUCAGGGACCAAAGACCAAGAAGAAAUUGCAUAGCCAUUCUCAGAGUGGUAAAAUAUUCAAAAAGAAAAGGACCCUUACUGGACGUAUGCAAACUGAGGCACUCAAACCUGUGAGCUGCCCUCAGUGUAGCAAACGAUUUAGAUAUAAAUGUCACCUAACAAUGCACUUGAGAACUCACACAGGAGAGAAACCCUUCAGUUGCUCUGAGUGUGGCAAAAGAUAUCGAAAUAAAAAUCAUCUGACUGAGCAUUUGGCAACUCACUCAGGAGAGAAACCCUUUAGCUGCCCUGAGUGUGGCAAUAGAUAUAGAUUUAAACGUUAUCUGGCUGAUCAUUUGAGAAGUCACGCUGGAGAGAAACCCUUCAGCUGUCCCCAGUGUGGCAAAAGAUAUAGAUUUAAACGAUGUCUGACAGAACAUUUGAGAACUCACUCAGGAGAGAAACCCUUCAGUUGCUCUGAGUGUGGUAGAAGGUUUAGCCGCAAGGGAAACUUGACCCAGCAUAUGGUUAUUCACAGGGGAGAGAAACCCUUUGUUUGCCCUGAAUGUGGAAAAAAAUGCAAUUUCAAAGGACAGCUUAGACAACAUUUGGGAACUCACUUGUUAGUGAAACCCUUAAGUUGCUCUGAGUGCGGAAAGAAAUUCAGUCAGAGUAGCUAUCUCACAGAUCAUUUGAGAACACACAAAGGAGAGAAGCCUUUCAGUUGCUCAGAGUGUGGUAAAGGGUUUAACCGCAAAGAUAACUUGGCUAGACAUACACUUCUUCACACGCGAGAAAAGGCCCUCAGCUGCUCUGAGUGUGGAAAGAAAUUCAACCUUAAAGCACAUCUGACACAACAUAUGAAAAUCCAUGUGGCUGAGAAACCCUUUAGCUGCUCUGACUGUGGUAAUGCUUUUAAUCGUAAAUCCUGUCUGAUUCAUCACACCCGCAUUCAUACAGGAGAGAAACCCUUUGUUUGCUCUGAGUGUGGUAAAGGGUUUAUGCGCAAAGAAACUCUAAACCAACAUUUAUUUAUCCACAAAAAGGAGAAACGCUUCAUCUGCUCUGAGUGUGGUAAAGGAUUUACUCGUAACCGACAACUGACCCAUCACAUCAGAACUCACACAGGAGAGAAACCCUUCAGCUGUUCUGAGUGUGAUAAAACCUUUGCCUGCAAAGAAACAAUGAAAAGACAUUUGAUAACUCACUCAGAAGAUAAGCCUUUUUGUUGUUCUGAAUGCACUAAAAGUUUUAAAGAUAAGGCCACACUGAAUAGGCACAUGCGACACAUGCACACAGGUGAAAAAAACGUGUAAUUCUCAGUUCUAGAGACGAAAGAUUCUAUCGCUUCACUUAGGAAGACACAAGUAGGUUUGGUGGUAAUGCCUCAGAUCCAUUAAAAAUGAAAACAAACUGGGUAUCAUUUUAGCACAUUGGGUGGAGCAGGUGGCCAUUUAUACAGCUUAUAGUCCUUGAUCUACUGGUUGCAGGAUUGAUUCACGCUCUCAGCACUGUUUUGUGCAUGUCUUCGCCCAGCUCGGACCCCCCAUGUUUCCUGACUCACUUCAACUGUCCUAUCCAGCUAAAGCAACCCUCCCCCUCUUUUUUUUUUUAGAAAGAAAACCAACUGAUGUAAGAAUUUAAAAGAAGACAGUGAAGGGAGCUGAUCUAGAGGAUCAUGGAGGAUCAGAAGGAACCAAGAACUUGGGUACAGGCAGAAAUUUACAACCAGAGAUGAGGGUUAUCAUUGAGGACUUUUCUGAACCUGAAACCAAAGAUUUGCAUGAUGAUUCCCAGAGAACAAGAGACAGUCUGUCGUUUUUAAAAUGAUACACAAGGAAAUCCCAGUCAGGGUUAUGAAUUGUUAUACUUUUUUACUUUGUUUUCAAUUUUAUGAUAGUUUUAAUUAGUUUCUACCUCUGGGUUAAUUCCAUUAAUUUUUUAUUGUGUUAAAAUAUAUUUUUAAGUAUAUUUAUUUUUUAAUUACCUCCGCCAAGGAGCUUAUGUGAUCAGGU